AUGAAACCUAGACAGUUUCACUUUGCAACUCUAUUAUUUCUUAUAACGUAUUUAAUGAUCUGUACAUCGAAUGGAUCCCCGCAAGAUAAAAUGAACGUUCUCCUUAUAGUAGCCGACGAUUUUAGACAAGCGCUGGGCAGCUAUGGGAAUACUGUGGUAAAAACUCCGAACCUUGACCAGCUCGCACAACGUUCGAUUCGCUUUACCAAAGCCGCUUCACAGCAAGCUGUUUGUGGUCCCAGCCGAAUUUCAUUCCUUACUGGCAGGAGACCAGACACAACAAAGCUUGUUUACAACAAAAAACUUACCUACUGGAGGGUGAAUGCUGGAAAUUUCACCACUUUACCACAACACUUCAAGGAUAGUGGUUAUUUUACCGCUUCUUCAGGAAAAGUCUUUCACCCAGGUAUACCAGAAUGUGAUAAACCGCAUGUUGCAGCCACAUUUCGAGCUAAAUUAUUUACCCAUGUUCCGUUACACUUUUUGUACAUUCUCAGUCCAACUUUCGUCUAAAAAUUGAGUUGGCUCCCAAUUUUAUUUGGGCAUACCUGCCAUUCUCGACAAUGAAAAAAAAAUGGUGGGUAUCCUCCAACUGUAUUAUUCCACAGACCCCUAAUAGAACAGAUUCCCAGAUUCCAAUAUUUACAUCUACUACGUAGAACUGGGUGAAAUAUCAGAAUUUUUCCUGUUUCUGAGACAAGAUGUCUUUGCUGCACGCAGUAUAAAGAAUAGUAUCGCCAUUUUUAUUUCUUUAAUUGUUUUACCUACUUUUCUCAUUAGUAUUGUCUACCAUUAACCCUUUACACCCUAACAUCAGAAUGCAUAUUCUCCAUACUGAUUAUAUAUACUUUUCCUAAAGUGCUGACAAGGAGAAUUUGCUCAACAAUCAAGAGCUUCUUUAUUUGGUGAUCAUUUCCUUUAUUUUCCUGAUCUCAAAUGAAUGACUCAGCAGUAUAAUUGUAAGGAGGAACUAGAUGCUGGUCACUCUCAGGGUUUAAAGGGUUAAAUCACCCCCAGUAUAUGUAGCUGUAUUACUAAAUACUUUUUAUCCCCGAUGAUGAUGUAGAUCGGCAAAAGCUUGGGAGCUUAUUCAUCAAUAGCUUAAGGCUUAAGUUAAAACCAUUAUGUAUAAUUAUGGAAUGCUACUGUGAGAUAACUUGCAACAGUCACAUAAAAUUUCUUUUGUUUUAUUCAAGAUAACAAUGUCGGCAUAGAAACCACAGGUUUUGUACCAACUCUUCCCUCGAUUUGAAAAUUUCAUUUUGUGUCCACAUAAUAAACAGAUUUAUCAUAUUGUGUUACUUACAUCUGAUGAUAUCAACGAUGAAACAUAACAUUUUUAGCCGUGCACGGCAUGUAUAUCCUAUAUAAAUUAAAAUAAAAAUUUACAUUGUACCCUGGUCGUUUGUUUCAGGAAAAGCAUCAAACUCUACUGAUGACUAUCCAUAUAGUUGGACCAUUCCAGCUUAUCAUCCUUCAACUCAGGAAUACAAAAAUGAUCCGGUGAGUUUGUUAAGAAUUGCUGAAUAUUAGAAUCCUUUAUAAAUGGAACUCCAAAUAUUUUUUAGGAAGAGGUGGGAAACUCAUGGUUAUCUUCAUGUUUAGAGGUAUAAACUGGUUGUAUUUCGAGCUAGCAUUUGUGGCAGGAACCAAGACUUUUAUCAGGAUUCUUUAUGUCUGAUAAAGCAAAAAAAAAUUGCUGCAAUCCUUCACCUUGUAUUUUCAGACCUCAUGGCAUCAAAAUGUCCUGUAGGUUGUUUAAUAUUCCCUCAAGAGGAGUGGUCCUGUCUUUAUAUGUUAGAUUGCUAAUUAUCUUCUGGUUACACCGUUAUUCACAAGUUGUUUCUGCAUACUAACCUCAUGCUAUUCUUUCUUUCUUUCUUUCUUUUUCUUCCUUCCUUUCUUCCUCUUCCUUCCUUCCUUCCUUUCUUGCUUUAUUUUACUUGGUUGUCCUCUUAAUAGGUAUGUCCAAGUGUAGAUGGUCAACUACACACCAACGUUGUAUGUCCAGUCGAUGUUAAAAAGCAACCAGAGGGAACAUUGCCAGACAUUCAGAGCACUCAAUAUGCUUUAAAUUUCUUAAAAAAUUACACUGAUUCAAACAACAACAACCAGCCGUUCUUCCUGGCUGUUGGUUACCACAAGCCGCACCUCCCUCUGAAAUAUCCUAAAGAGUUCCUCGACAUGUACCCCAUAGAGGAGAUUGACAUAGCAGCAAAUCCCGAACUUCCCUUUGAUUUGCCGCCAGUGGCAUAUGAACCGUGGACUGAUCUGCGAUGGAGAGAUGACAUUGCAGCACUAAAUCUGAGUUUCCCAUAUGAACCCAUUCCAGAUUUUUAUGCCAAAAGGAUCAUACAAAGUUACUAUGCUGCAACAACCUAUAUGGACAGUCUAGUCGGACAGUUACUGACAGCUUUAGACGAGUAUGGUCUUACAGGCAAUACAAUUGUGAGCUUCAUUGGAGAUCAUGGUAAGAUAAAGGAUUGGGCCUCUUUGGUUUAUAACUUCAUAAAGGGAAAGACAAGCUUGGCACUAAUAGCUUUAUUUUUGAGAACUACUGCUCUCACUGAUUGUUCAUGCGUGGUUUGAAGUUGUCUCACAUUAUUGUAAAUAAUUCAUUAUUAUUAAUUAACUUCUCACUGAUUUGCAAUUACUUCACCAUUUAGAAUCCAGUGGUGAUUAACGUGUAACUUCUCCCUAUGAUAUCCAACAUUAUCCGGCAAACAGGAAAUGACAACACUUUAACUUACCAGGUAGAAGUUAUUGUUGUCAUUUGACUCCUUUUUCCCGUAGCUAAUUUACUAGGAAAUGUGCAGCAGUUAGAAGGGAGACUUAACAAUCAGAUCUUAGGAGUCAAAGGGUGAAAUGUGAUCAACUGGGUGGAUAAGUAGUAGAGUUUGAAAAAGCCUCUUCUCUUUUCCGACAAAAGCAGAUUUACCUGUCAGUCAAGAAGUACUCACUCAUCAAUGAGAUUGAAUCUGACGAAGUAGGGACAUGGGCAAUAAAUAUGGGAAUUAAUGAAAUUUUUUUAGACAACCUGCUGAUUUUAACUGGGUUUUUUAUUUGUUUUGUUUUCUGUUUUUUUUACUACUGAUCUGAAUCUUGUAUGAAGCAGUAACACACUUUUGCUUAAUUAUCCUUGAAUUCAUGUGAAUACUCAAUAAGUUCUGCCCUCAAAUAUCCACGCUAUGGAUGAGUUAAAAUGAUUUAUUUCUUAUCAUUACCCUUGCACUUUCACUUCAAUGAUACAUGGUACUAGGAGCAGGGAAACUAUCAACACUGAAAUUAAAAAAGAUAAUUCACUCUGUGAUUUAAAUUGAAAUGAUUAAAACAAAAAACUACUUGAUUGCAGGUUUUGCAUUGGGUGAACAUCAGGAGUGGUCAAAGUACAGUAACUUCAGAGGAACCACAAAUGUACCCCUAAUAAUCCAUGUACCUGGUAUGACUGACAACAGAGACCAUGGAGGCUCAGGAAUUGUAUCUGAUGCUCUUGUAGAAUUAGUGGACUUGUUUCCAACUCUUUCAGAACUGGCUGAGCUGAAAGUGCCAGGUAAACACCUACUUCUGGUCACAUGAAUUGAUUACGUUUAGUUGUAUAGACAAGUAGUGCGUAAUGCACUAACCAAUUAAAAGCUUCAACAUCCCCCAUAUCUUCCCUCCCCCUUCCAAGCAAUCCACUGGCAUUUGACUGUGGCUCCUGCCUUGGGGGGGGGGUGAAGAAUUUGAACCCUGCCUGAGUUGGAGGGGGAUUUGAACUGGGAGUGUCAAGUCUUUCUAGCACAAUAAAAACGUUAAAUACUUUCUCCUACGUCGGUCUUUAAAGGUAAAAAGUACACCUUUGUGAGAGUGGCUCAGAAGAAUCAAUACUGAAAUUUAAGUAUGAAAAUAUUUCACUAAGAAAAAUAUAAGUUCUGAACGGAUAAUGAACAUCAAGAUUUCAGUAGAAAAAUGCGAGAAAGAAUCUCUUUAAAGCUGACUCUACAGAAGGGUAUAGGAUUGAAAAACUAAAUGAAGUUCUAAAUCUUCUGGCAGAUCUUUGCCCAGAUGACUCUUCAAACAUUACUCUGUGUUCAGAGGGUCUCAGCUUUGCUCCUCUUUUGAAGAAUUUAGACAUGCCAUGGAAAAAGGCCAUCUUUAGCCAACAUCCAAGGUAAAAACAAAGAUUCAUUGUAAUUAAUUUAGCACUGAAAUAAUACUACUUAUAAAACGCCUUCCCAAAUAACGAAUCUAUCAUCGUAUUGGAGGCAUAGGAAAUUACAGCAAAGACUCAAGGUAGUUCAAUCCUUUUCAUUCUGGAAAUUAUUAAGACAUAACUUCUGCUGAAGAUUUUUAAAACAUUAGCCAGCCAACUGGUUUUAAAAAAGUAAAGAACACAUGAGGUACAUUUAUCUGUUAAACCCAGCUUGGGUGUCAUAUUGAUCUAACACCAAAUGAUUUCACCUAAUUAGAAAGGAAUUAAAGUGGAGAGAGUGAAAAAUUAAACAUUUUGAAUGAGAGGGUCAUAGCUCUCCAGUUCAAUUUUUUUAGUGCUCAACCCUUGGAUCUCUAAGAGUGACUAGCAUCUAAUUUCUCCUUACAUUAUCACCCCUGAAUCACACAUCAAGGUCACAAUAGCAAAGGAAAUGUUUCCUAAAGAAGCUCUUGAUUGUUAAACAAAUUCCCCUUAUCAGCACCUUUGGAAAUGCUGAGGAACAGUAUAGAGAAUACGCAUACUGAUGUUAGGGUGUUAAGGAUUCAAAUUAAACCUAGGUGUUCCAUUGUUUUUCAUCAUUGAUUUUGGAUUCAAUCUCAAAUUCGUUGAUCUUGUGCUCAGACCAUCAGAUGAACCACAACAAAACUCGUGUGCGCCUACGCUUUCUGAGAUUACAAUUAUGGGAUACUCCAUGCAGACAAGUUCUUACCAUUACGCUGAGUGGAUACAAUAUGACCAUGAAACACAGAAGGGGAACUGGUCGAACGUACAUGCCAGGGAAUUAUACUUAGGUCCUCAGGAUGACGUGAAUGUUGCUUCCGUACCUUCUCUAUCGAAUCUGGUCCAGGAUUUGUCAGAUCAGUUGAGGAAAGGCUGGAGAAAUGCUUUACCAGAGAACAGUUACGUUAAUGCAUGAAUUACACAUAAUAUAUUUAACCCUUGUGCUUUGUAGUUGGCUUAAAGCCUUGUUUCCUAAUUUGGGGAGAUUCCCAAAUGAUCAGGAAAUUUUUGCAGUAAUCAAUUGCCAAGAAUAUCAUCAGUAGUAGACUGACUAGGAAAUGUAUGCAAACAAUGUUAUUCAACAAUGUUAUUAGCUUCUAAAGAAAGUAUUUUACUGUGUCGACAUGAAAAGGAAACAAUUUCAAGGUAAUCCACACACCUACCCAUUGUUUAAGGUCCGUAAACUGCCAUAGCAAAUGUUGUCGAGCUGAUUACUCAUGGUAUUCUUGCAUUAGCCUCAGUCAAAAGUCUGAUAGACAAACUACAACCAGGCAUUUACCCUGGAUCAGAGCAAAUUUGCUUCAAAGACGGGCCAAUGCUUGAAAUGUCAGCUUUCAAAAUUUGCCAUAUCAGUUCACGUACCUUGAUCCUUUUAACUGCAGAUGAAAUAGAAUGUUACAGCCAUGUACUGGAUGACAACGUAUGUACACAGAGGGUAACUUGUAUCGCAUUGAAGCAAUAUUUAAUUCAAAGGUGAAAUGGCUGUUUACAGCUAAAUAAAUACAAAUACAGUGGCC